AUUAUUAUUAUUACUAUUAUUAUUAAUCAUGUUUUAAAGUUAAUUGGGAGGGAAACCUCUAUCCCUUUUUAUGUGCUGUGGCACUGCUGUAGCGGCACUUUCUGAAUCCCUACGCUUGUCAUGCAACGAAGAAACUAGUCCGUGUAGUCCAAUUUCAUCCCGUCGGUUUCGGGCUCCAUUAUUUACGUCUCUGACUUAAAAUUCACCAACCAGUCCGACUCGAUACGCCAGUUUUAAUCCAGUUGUGUUAGUGUGGCAGGGGGGUCGUAGGUUGUGUGUGCAGUUGGGUAGUGGUUCAGGUGGGGACAGGCGGAAGGAUCUGCGUGAUUUUUGUAAAUAUUGGCAGCGGCGAAGCGGCCGAGUCGCGUGCUGCUCUGGGUACCGGAGCAUCCUUUAUUGUGUGCUCUGAAAAUGGCCGGAGUGCCGGUGGAUUUGAACCGUGUUUCAGUCUUAUUUUAGCAGAGAGAGGGACAGAAGACUCGUUUGUUCUCGGAGAUAUACGGUGCACAUCUUUUCUCAGUGCGUGGACGUAUUUUGGGAGAAGCUAGGAGCAGCAUGCUGCUCUCUAAACUGGGCUCCUUCUCUCACAUCUCGUCCAGCAUGGAUCUGCCGGCCAAGCUGCAGCAAGCCAAAGCGGAGAAGCAGCCGUUUGAGAAGCUCUACCGGCUGGGCUCGGUGCUCGGCAGCGGAGGAUUCGGUACUGUUUACUCAGCGGUUCGUCUGGCCGACGGGCUACCGGUGGCGGUGAAACAUGUGAGCAGGGAUAGAGUGACUGAGCUGGGCACUCUGGGUGGUGCCGUGGUUCCUCUUGAGAUUGUGCUGUUGAAGAAGGUAGGCGGGGCAUUUGGCGGUGUGGUGCGGCUCUUGGAUUGGUGGGAGCGGGCAGAUGGCUGGCUGAUGGUGAUGGAGCGUCCCGAGUCGGGCCAGGACCUGUUUGAUUACAUCACAGAGCGCGGUGCGUUGGAUGAGGCUGCGGCACGAGACUUCUUCCUGCAGGUGCUGGAGGCGGUGCGUCACUGCUACACCUGCGGUGUCGUCCACCGCGACAUCAAGGACGAGAACCUGCUGGUGGACCUGAGGACCGGACAGAUCAAACUCAUCGACUUCGGCUCAGGGGCCCUCCUCAAAGACACCGCCUACACCGAGUUUGAUGGAACACGGGUGUACAGUCCUCCAGAGUGGAUCCGGUUCCGACGGUACCACGGUCAGUCGGCCACCACCUGGUCGCUCGGCGUGCUGUUGUAUGACAUGGUGUGUGGCGACAUCCCCUUUGAACAGGACGAAGAGAUCCUGAGAGGACAGGUCUACUUCAGACGAAAGAUCUCCACAGAGUGCCAGCAGCUGAUUGGCUGGUGUCUGAGCCAGCAGCCCUCUGACCGGCCAACACUGGAGCAGAUCCUCCUCCACCCCUGGUUGACGGACAGCAACUGUCAGCAAACUGAUGACAGCAGCAUCACACUUCAUACUAUUACAGCUGACUCCUCCUCUUCCUCCAGUCAGCAGAGCCUCUGAUUGGUCAAGGGGGCAUGGCUUGGACUUUAUGGCAGCUGCCCCCCAGUGACUUUGUGUUGAUCAUGGAGUUGUGGUCAGAGUUUAAGAAUGAGGCUGGAUCCUCUGUUCACAGAAGAUGCAGCAACUCUAUGCUGCUCUCAGUGCCUUGUUGUUCGUAAACUGUUGUUAGCAAUGCGUUGCCACGGUAAUCAGCAUCCAGCAAAAAGCAAAAAACCUGACUGUAAAGGAAAGGUCAGUCUUUUCAGAGAUGCAGUCAGAUUCAUUUCCAAUGUUUUAAAUUUCAUUUUGUUUUUAUUGAUUUUUUUUUUUAACAAUAUAUGUGCGUUUUAUAGCUUCACUUCUGUGAUGUGUGGCUACAUUAGUGCAACUGACCUCUACACUCAUCAGGGUGGGCUGAAUGGACAGUUUUGAUUAUUACAGUCUGUUUAAUAUUUUCUUGAGUAACUGUUUAGUUGCUUUGGAUUCAAAGGAAAAGCAGCAGGUGGCUUUAUCUUGUAACUGUAUGCAUUUUGUAACUACAAGACCUGGAAUUUAGAAUUGUUUUUUUUUUUUUUCGGUCUGCCAGUCAGAAAGAAACAAAAAGGAAAUUAUUUAGAAACGAGUGAACACACAGAGGUAUGCAGCCAGAAAGAUGUGGGAAGAAGAAGCAACUCAUUCUACCUACUUGGUUUAUCUGACAUCAAGAUACGAGUGUGAUCACGUUUCAUUAUAAUCAGACAAUACUUUCCUCCUAAUUUUUAGUGGACACAAUUAUGAUGACUGUGCUUGCUUGAGAUGUUAAUGUCAGGGAUUCGGGUGGAACGUUUUCUUAUUAGUAUUUCACCUUUGCAGAGGCAUCUGAAGUCCUUGAGAAUGAGGCAAAAAUCAAUCUGACCUCUGUUAGGUUGGUUGACACCGUUAGUCAGCCAUAGUUCUGACACAGAAUCCCAACUGUCAGAGCUGCUGAUGUUUACAUGAGAUGUCACCGCCGUGUUUGGGAGCUGCGGUCCCAGAAUCUGGAGGCUUGCAGAAUACAUUGACAGUACAGUGAUAAUGACAAAAGGCCUCCAUUGGUUUUUCUUUGAGAGAAUGCAGCGCAGGAAAUUGGAAAACGGUGAAAAAUGUCCCACCUGUUUCUAGACCAAAGAGACAUCAUCUAUCAGGGUCACAAUUAAUAGCUAUUUUGCGUUCAUAAAUCUGAUGAUUAUUUUCUUGAUUAAUUUAUCAGUUGUUUCUGUCGACAAAAUGUCAGAAAAUUCUGCUUUGUUUUGUUCACAAGCCAGAAGUGUUCAGUUUACUGUCGUAGAGCAAAAGAAGCCAGGAAAUAAUCACAUUUAAACAGCUAGAAUUAGGAAAUUUUUCUCCUUAAAAUUGCUCAAACUAAUUAAUCGAUUAUUAAAAUAUUUUGUGAUUAAUUUUGCUGUGGUAACCCAUCAAUCGGUAGUUGCAGCUCUUCUCCACAUUUCUUGUUUUACUCGACAACAGUCUCAAACCCAAAGAUAAUCGGUUAACGGGAAACUGAGAAAAGCAGCUGGAAAAGCUACCUAAACUAUUUUUCUGUCCUUCGAGGAGCUGUCCUCCAAAUCACACCCUACCCAGCCAUCAUGUCAGCCUUAAGCUAGUGAAGGAUCCUCCUCUGCUGACAUGAGUCAAAUUUACCACCAGUCACACCUCUGUAGAGCUGUGACUGGUUCAGGACACCAGAAUCAUGGCUUUUUCACACUUAACUCUGCUGAGUAUGUGUGUUUACUUCAUGUAAAAGACAUCUCAUCAUUUAGUGUUUACUUCUGUCUACAUUUGAGGUUUUUUUUCUUUUUUAAAUCAAGAUAUUUGUUUAAUUCGUUUUUUUUAAAUGCAUUGAUCAGAUACAGUGGAUACUACAUUAAGAUACACACUUUUUGGUUAAAGUUGAGGGCAUUAGUUUUUUGUCAAAGGCUCUGAGGUUCUACAACCAAUCCUACUUCAGUCUUUCAUUUCCUGUGUUCCUUAUCAGUUGGAAUUGUUUGUCAGGGUGGAAGAUGCACAGUCAAUGCAAAUAUUCAGUUUUGUAUUUUGGAUAUACAGUUUUGUUUGUAAAUAUCUGCAUUUUGUACAUUUAUAUUUAUUUAUUUAUCAGGAGGCAUUCCUUAUCCUGUCGUUAUUUAUUAUCUUAACAUUUCCAGAUAUUUUUCUUUUUUACAUUUUUUUCUAUUGCAUUUUUUUCCUAUUCGAGACUCGUUUUCUUUUUUUAAAUUACCGAGAGUUUAAACAUUUUAACAAUUUUUCAUUCCCUGACUCAUUUGUUACACUUUUACAGUUGUUUUGAAAUGCAAAACUCUGAUAGGGGAAAAGUUUUUUUUUUUUUUUUUUUUUUUUUUUUUUUCAUGAAAAUGUUUGGGAAUAAAAUGUUUUGUAUCUAAACAGA